CUAAGCCAGCAAAGGAUUCACCGUCCAAUGCAAGUCACACGGAAUCUCCCCUCUUUUUUUUUGUGCAGCAAGCAUUUUUUUUCGACAAAGCAUAAUCCCGUUAUUGCAGCUUAAAGCCUAUUUAUCGAAUUACUUGCCAUGGCGAAAGCACAAAAAUCAAACAAGACGGCGUUGAAGAAAAAGACGGACCAAAAGCCCAAGAAUGAUAAACCUGCCAAGGUGAUCAAAGGAACAGAAAAGCCUGGCAAAAAGGGCAAAGCAGCUGCAAAGAAGGAUGCUUCCAAGGAUAAAGCCUUCCAUGUCCGUUGAAGAUUUCUUUAGUGGCGGUUUCGAGAAUCUCUCUUCGGACGAGGAGACCCAAGACAUUGUCAUGGAGGAAUCGGCCGGUUCAGACGAUGACAUGAAGAAAAAGACCGUGAACAAAAAGGAGAAAAAAAAGACGGCCAAAUCAAAGAAAUCAAAAAAGCUCACGCAACCCGAGAAAAUGGAAACCGACAGUGACGAAGAAUUGGAUGAUGUCGAGGUGCCUCUGAACGAGGAGGAAGAGGACGAUAUGCUUGCUGGUCUGGAUGUGGAGGAAACCAAGGACUCUGACGUUGAAUUGGAAGACAGUGAUAACGAUGAGGAGGAAAAGGAGGAAGAGGAAGACCAAGACAGCAGCGAGGACGACGACGCUGAGGCUGGUGAUGACAAGCAAAAGUUGAAAAAAGAUGCCGCCAGACAUAAAAAGGAAUUGGAGAUGCUCAAGGAACGCGAUCCCGAGUUUUUCAAAUUUCUCGAAAAGGAGGAUGGCGAUUUGCUGGAUUUUGAUCUUUCGGAAGACGAAGACGUGGAAGGCAAUGAGGACGAAGCACUGGAGGGAGAUGAAAAUCAAGAAGGCUUGGAAGCAUUUGAUAGUGACGAGGAAAGUGACGUGUCCGAGGCGGAAGAAGAGCGAACGUCUGGCGAACUGCCUGUGGUCACGAUGGCCAUGGUCAACGAAUGGAUCAAGGAAGUGGAGCAAAGCAACAAUUUGCGCGUCAUGAAGAAGCUGUUUGCUGCCUUCAAGUCGGCAGCGAGAAUGUCGGAUGAGGAACAGGAAGAAACCGCCAACUAUGCAUGCAAGAUUGUUGACCCAAAUGUCUUUAGCCGAGUCAUUACGGCGACACUCCGUUUAGCCCCUGUGGUGUUUGAGCACAAUUUAAAGGGAAAGAAGGAGAAUACGGUGCCGAUGCAGUCGUCUCGAUGGAUCUAUAUAAAGUCGACGGUCAAAUCAUAUCUGAACAACGUGCUUCACCUGUUGAAGAAUUUGACCGACAGCAACAUGUUAUGUUUGGCGAUUCGAGAAGCCGAAAAAUGCACACAGUAUUGGGCGUGUUUCCCUCGGUCCGCCAAGGAGUACAUCAAGGUGAUGCUCAAUUUAUGGUCCAGCUUCACUUCCUCGGAUACCGUGCGUAUUCAGAGUUUCCUUGCCAUUCGAUCUUUGGCACUCGUGCCCGUUCGCGUGCAGAAAAAUUCAUCGGAAACCUAUUUGGAUAUCUGUCUCAAGAAUACUUAUCUGACGUUUGUACGAAACUGCAAAACCACCAAUGCCCACACCCUGCCGGCAAUCAACUUGAUGCGAAAUUUGGCCGUGGAAUUAUUUGGCAUCAACCAGCAACUCAGUUACCAGCAAGCUUUUGUAUAUAUCCGACAAUUGGCUAUCCAUUUACGUGGAGCCAUGCAGCUCAAAACAUCGGCGAGUUAUCAAUCUGUUUACAAUUGGCAGUAUAUUCACUGCAUCGAUUUUUGGGCCAAUGUAUUGGCCAGACACUGCCAAGUCAUUGAUGGACAAGAAGAGUCUGCUUUACAGCCGCUUAUCUACCCUUUGGUUCAAGUCGCCUUGGGUACUGUAAGACUUAUUCCUACUGCCCAAUACUAUCCUGUUCGAUUCCAUAUUCUGCGCUCCCUGAUUCCGUUGGCUUCAUCCGCGGGUGCGUUUAUUCCGUUGGCACCUUACAUUCUUGAAGUAUUUGAGAGUGCCGAAGUAAAGAACAAGGCGAAACCAUCGACGCAGAAGCCUUUGGAGUGGAACGUUUACAUCAAAGCACCGAAACAGUACUUGCAUGGUUUGGUUUAUCAGACGGGUAUUUUGGAACAAGUGGACGAAUGUCUCAAUGCUUAUUUCAAAGCAUGUCAACAUCACAUUGCAUUCCCUGAAACUGUUAUUCCUGCUAUUGUCACGAUCAAGCGAUUUGUGAAACGAACAAAGAACAUCAAGGCGGCAAAGAAGUUGCAUCAUACCGCCCAAAAGCUGGAAGCCAAAUCCAAAUUCAUCUUACUGCAGCGAUCCAAGAUCGAUUUUGCCCCAGUAGACGACGCCAAAGUGACGCAUUUCAUGGCCGAUAUGAAACAGAAACUGCAAUAAAUAGAUCCUACAUCAUGUGAAUAUCAUCCAUCAUCAUGGUUUACCACAAUCAUAGAGCUAUAAUACUACAUGUAAAAAAAUUAUAAAUAUAGCGCAAUGCAUUUCAUUGAACUUCUUCA